GCUCCAAAUAAAUUGAUCAGUAUGCAAGACAGUUGUCACGGCUGAAUCAUGGUCCACAGUUAAGGUAAACAGAUCUGUGAUGACAUUUUCUGAGCAGAAUACAAAUGCAGCUCAUUUCGUCCCAGAGGUUUCUGCCAUUUCUUCUACGGAUAACAGAUUCUCUCAAGAAGGUGGUGGCCACAAGGAAGACAGAUCUUUGUUUAAUCCCUCUGAAAAGAAAUGGCUUCAGACAUCCCCGGAUCAGUGACGCUGCCCGUUGCCCCCAUGGCGGCCGCUGGCCAGGUGAGGAUGGCCGGGGCCAUGCCUGCCCGCGGAGGAAAGCGGCGUUCUGGGAUGGACUUCGAUGAUGAGGAUGGAGAAGGCCCCAGCAAAUUUUCAAGAGAGAACCACAGUGAGAUCGAAAGGCGCCGGCGGAACAAGAUGACACAGUACAUCACGGAGCUGUCCGACAUGGUGCCUACGUGCAGCGCGCUGGCCCGGAAGCCGGACAAGCUCACCAUCCUGCGCAUGGCUGUGUCCCACAUGAAGUCCAUGCGGGGCACGGGGAACAAGUCUACGGAUGGCGCCUACAAGCCUUCGUUCCUGACGGAGCAGGAGCUGAAGCAUCUCAUCCUCGAAGCAGCCGAUGGGUUUUUGUUCGUAGUGGCAGCUGAGACCGGACGGGUGAUUUACGUGUCUGACUCGGUCACCCCCGUUCUGAACCAGCCCCAGUCAGAGUGGUUCGGGAGCACCCUCUACGAACAGGUGCAUCCUGACGACGUGGAAAAGCUGAGAGAGCAGCUGUGCACCUCCGAAAACUCCAUGACAGGCCGGAUCUUGGACCUGAAGACAGGGACCGUCAAGAAGGAAGGGCAGCAGUCGUCCAUGAGGAUGUGCAUGGGCUCGCGGAGGUCCUUCAUCUGCAGAAUGAGGUGUGGAAAUGCUCCUCUGGACCACCUUCCUCUGAGCAGAAUCACCACCAUGAGGAAAAGGUUCAGGAACGGCCUCGGACCUGUGAAGGAGGGAGAGGCACAGUACGCUGUGGUGCACUGCACGGGGUACAUCAAGGCCUGGCCUCCUGCAGGGAUGACCAUCCCCGAAGAGGACGCUGACGUGGGCCAAGGCAGUAAAUACUGCCUCGUGGCGAUCGGAAGACUCCAGGUGACCAGCUCUCCUGUGUGCAUGGACAUGACUGGGAUGUCGGUGCCCACGGAAUUCUUAUCCAGGCAUAACUCUGAUGGCAUCGUCACAUUCGUGGACCCGAGAUGCAUCAGUGUUAUCGGCUACCAACCCCAGGAUCUUCUAGGAAAGGACAUUUUGGAAUUCUGCCACUCCGAGGACCAGAGCCAUCUGCGUGAGAGCUUCCAGCAGGUAGUGAAGCUGAAGGGCCAAGUGCUGUCGGUCAUGUACCGGUUCCGCACGAAGACCCGGGAGUGGGUGCUGAUCCGCGGCAGCAGCUUUACCUUCCAGAACCCGUACUCGGACGAGAUCGAGUAUAUCAUCUGCACCAACACCAACGUCAAGCAGCUGCAGCAGCAGCAGGCGGAGCUGGAGGUCCACCAGAGAGACGGGCUGUCGUCCUACGACAUAUCGCAGGUUCCUGUCCCCAGCCUGCCAGCCGGUGUCCACGAAGCCGGGAAGUCUGUGGAAAAAGCUGAUGCAAUCUUUUCCCAGGAAAGAGAUUCCCGGUUUGCUGAGAUGUUUGCAGGGAUCAGCGCAUCGGAAAAGAAGAUGAUGAGCCCGGCCUCUGCCACAGGGACUCCGCAGAUCUACCCCCAGGGCAGCCCCUUCCCCCCAGGACACUCAGGGAAGGCCUUCAGCACCUCGGUGGUUCACGUGCCCGGAGUGAACGACAUCCCGUCCUCCUCCUCGUCGAGCCAGAACAUGUCCCAGAUCUCCCGGCAGCUGAACCAGAGCCAAGUGGCGUGGACGGGCAGUCGGCCGCCCUUUCCGGGACAGCAAAUCCCCUCUCAGUCCAGCAAGACUCAGUCCUCGCCCUUCGGGAUCGGGACGAGCCACAGCUACGCGGCCGACCCCUCUUCCUACAGCCCGCUCUCCAGCCCAGCCACCUCGUCGCCCAGCGGGAACGCCUACUCCGGGCUGGCCAACAGGACUCCAGGGUUCGCUGAGAGCGGGCAGAGCGGCGGGCAGUUCCAGGGGCGGCCCUCGGAGGUCUGGUCGCAGUGGCAGAGCCAGCACCACGGGCAGCAGAGCGGCGAGCAGCACGCGCACCAGCCGGCAGGGCAGACCGAGGUGUUCCAGGACAUGCUGCCCAUGCCCGGGGAUCCCACCCAGGGAACCGGCAACUAUAACAUCGAGGACUUCGCCGACCUCGGCAUGUUCCCGCCGUUUUCCGAGUAGCUGCAGGCAGAGCCAGCCUCCCUCUGCAGUGCCACCCUGGCCGCGACCCCACCCUACCCCACAGCAGUCCCCUCAGCCCCCGUGCUCCCCUCAGCCCCACCCCAGCCCCAGCUGCUUGGUCACUGGCCAGGAGCCCUGGCACACGGGCGGCCGGCUGCAUUUAUCGUCUUUUGUCUGUGUGUGCUUGGGAGGUGAGCCCACCGGGCCCUUAAGGUCUGGUCGUGAAUCAUCCGGUAGCAGUGUCGGCCCGUAAACGUGCAGGGACAGUCUGGGUGCCAUGCAGCCCCCAUGGCCCACUGUGCAGCCAGGCGCUGCCGGCUCCGGCUGCCUGCGGGGGCGAGCGGGAAGCUCGCAGGGCAGAGGCUGUCUCCCCCUGUCCCCCCACGUCUGUGCCUCCACAGCGAUGUGGGCCAUGUGGACUCUGUGUGUGUGACCUGAGCUCCAUCCCAGUGGUUGUGUUGUGCCCUGUGUCAUGUGUGGCCGGAGUGAGUGUCUGGAAGCCAGGUAGUGAGAGGCUGGACGGGCAGCCCCCCCACCCCCCAGAGGAAGCGCAGCCCAGCGUCUGUUCAUCGGGGGACUGGCACAGCGUCACCAGGAGUCACAGCCGGGAACCUGCUCACUUUCGUAGGUCACCUCUUCCACCCAAGCCCCUGCCAGAUAUAAGGAGUCCUUAGAGAGAAACCUGGAGCCCUCCCCAGGGGACCCCCGAGGGCCCGAAGGCUCCUCUCCUGGCUGCCUGGGGUGUUCCUCAGCCUGGCUCCCCUGGUGAGAGGUGGGUCUGAUCCCCUCCAGUGCCUGCCGGGGCACAGCUGGAGGUCGCUGGGCCCUGGGUCCUUUGCGGAGGGGUGAACCAGUAAGCAAGCGGAGGGGAACUGGCCGGAUGCCACACCCAAGGGGUUCUUUCACCAAGAAAAUCUGGACAAACUGGAGUAAGAAUUACAGCCCGAGGGCAUCUCGUUAGCCCAGUUUCGAUAGACCCUCCCGUGCAAUGCAGGCCUGCCCAGCCGGAUGCCGACAUGAGGACCACUGUGUGUGGCCUCCGCCCGUGCCCCACCCGGUGCCCUACUCUGGACACGGAGUCCACACUCCACUGGGAAGGAGAGGGGCCCUGGGUUUGGCUCUGUGACCCGCCUGCCCCUCCCGCCUCACUCGCCUGGGCCGUCCACUGGCUCUCCCGAGGCUAAGGGUGGAAGGCUGUCCACCGCAAUGGGCACUGCCUGGGCUGUGGCGAGGACACAUGGGCAGUUGUAGUGAGGCGGAAGCAGGUGCAGGUAGUGACUGUGACGGUGGCUGAGGAGGUCCUGGAGCACCGUCCCUGUGUGUCACGUUCCAGCUGUGCUUCUAGCUCUGGUUUUAGCGAUUGAUGGAGCCACAUUCUCCCCAGCCUCCCAGUGUAUUAAAUUCAACCCUUUUGCUGUUUCAUGAAUGCCUGUUGCAAGUAGUGGGGAGAUUCUGAUAGUUGAUGGAACUGGCCUGGGGAGCUUGCAUCUUCCUUGCGGGGCAGCAGACCGUUCCCCAGACUGGACACGUCUGACUCUCCCGUUGCUGCUGUGCAGCCUUCGCCAAGGGAGGAGGCAGCCCCCACGUCAGCACUGGGCCAGCAGGUGAGCUCCGGGGACAGUGAGCAGACAGUGAGCACCCCCCACCUGGGCCCGCCUGCUGCCCAACACUUACAACCCGCCAGGUAAGCAGGACUAUGCCAGUUACCCACAGCUCUCGCUGGUAAAAGGCAGAUGGAAAUGUUCUUUGUCUUACCGGGAAAUGAGUUUGGUCCUUAGGCUGCUGUGUCCUGACCAGCCAGGGGUCCAGGCUGCCCUCACUGCCCCAAACCCUCUCCUGUGUGCUGAGGGCUGUGAGCCUGGCAGUCACCAUCUCCUCCAUGCAACUUAAGGAGGCGCCUCCCCAAGGAGCCGGCACUUCUCACACGUGUAGGGGGGCCACAGCCACAAGGCACGGAUUGCAGAGGCGGCCACAUGAAGGUCCCACAGGCUAUGCAAGACCAGGACGAUUUGCUUCCUGAAACACCUUGUCCUUCAGAAACACAAGGCUUCCCAGACAGGCAUCAGUAGACAGUGUACGCGCUUGAUCACGUCUCUUAACCUUUCUUCUUAUGGGUGCGAGCUGUGCUGUGGAUAAGGCCUCAUUUGUAAUUCUUGAAUGUUCCCUACGACUAACAGUUACUAAAUCGGUUGUGUAUAUGUGUGACUAAUGUAACUGCCUUUUAAAAUUUCAUUACAAUAAAAAUGACUUUGCUCUGAACACUGAAUAA